UUCUCAAUAAUGCCUUAAAGUAUUAUAACCGGGUACCACAUUCGAUCUUUUCGACUUGCCGACUACUGUGCUGGUGCGCUGUUGUGUUAGGCGGCGGCUAUUUGAAUCAUACCUCUCCCGAUGCUGGAGAAGGCGGCCGCCAGUUUGGAACCAUGCGGUCUCCAUCGAGUAAUUCCCGGUGCCACCCAGUCCUUUCGGACUACGAGACAGCUUCAGAACGCUUUUUGGCAGCAUGGAGCUGCUGACAUCGAGCUUUCUGCCACCUGGCAAGCUUUGAUGCAUGGUACUUUGGAUCUCAACCUGGGUUCCGCACCCGAAGAGGGUAAUGGCUCCGUCCUGAGCGCUUCCGCCUUUCUUCUCGAUUUUCUAUAUCCAAGCGGCGCCAUGAACCUGAUGCGCCGCCUUACCCCUGCCGCGCCCGUCUCUGGUCGUCCCGGUGGCUUCCGUUAUAGACAGCGUUUCAGAAAGAUCAUGCCUCGUCUUUAUACGUCCUCGCUUCCUAAGCGCCAAAUUCACCGUCCCGGAUCCGAAGGUGCUGCUGACCCGAAAGUAAACGAACCUGAUAGCGACGUAUCGGCUAUUCGAGAUGACGUCACUCACGAAGAAGACAGCCAGGAGGUGGAUUCGGAGAGGAUUCAGAGUAAAGCUAUCCAGGAAGCGGACGAAGAGGGCGAUGUUCUAGUCGAUAAGGAACAAGCACUCUCUGGCGUAGAUGCAGAAAAACUUGAGCAGUUCGAUAUAGAUGGUGAUCAUAUCACGAUCCUCGAGGACUUGCUGAAGAAGAGGAACUUUGAAGAUGCAGAGCGUGCUUGGUAUCAUUACAAGUCCUUGGAUGAGCCUUCGCAAUCCACCUAUAUACGACAGGUGCUGCUCUUUCUCUCGAAAAGUGAUCGACUAUCCGCCCGGUGGAGGGUUUCAGAGUUAUUUAGCCAGAUACCUUUAUCCCAAUGGACCAAUGAGGUCUUCCUCGCGGGUGUCACAGCUGAGAUUAACUUGCAGAACGCGUAUCGAGCGCUUGAAAUAUUCACCAAAGGACUGGAGCAUCAAGCCAUCGGACUUCCUCCCCUAAUUGGUGCCAUUGAUUUACUCCUUGCUACCGCGUUACGGUCUACGACGCUAGAGCUAUUGAGAGACUUAUGGCAACUGUACCCCAAAAUGGCCACACGGUGGGAUUUUGAAGACAUUUCGUCAUACUUAAGAUCUGCAGCUCCUUCUUCUAAUCUCGCGGUGUUAACGGAUGUGAAGAAGUAUUACCCCGACAUGGUAGAGAGAUGGAAUUUCGAAGGCAUAACUUCGCAACUCAAACAUGUGGCGCUUGUACCCGGGCUUACCGAAAAAGUCAUCGAAUUUGCGACUCAUGGUCCGCAACUGCUCCAAGAAGACGACGGUGCCGAGAUCAGUCAGGAUGCAUUUGACUCUCUCCAGAGGAUUCUGGUCCGCAGGGCUCUUUUGUCAUGUACUGACGAUCAAGUCAUCCCUCUGCUUAACCUAACUAAAGACCCUCUAGCUUUCGAAGAGUUCUUACGUACAGCUACCUCCAGGGGUAAAGACCAACUAGGCAUUGAGGUAUAUCGUAUCUAUCGUGAUUUACAUGGGAGCGUACCAAGCCACCCCGUCCUCCACGAAAUUUUCAAAGCCUAUAAUAACCUAAUUGUGCCAGCGUCGGUAGUGUAUGCUGGAGUAGAAAUGCUAUGGGAUGAUUGGCAUAAAUUUCACACCCUUCCUUCAUUUAGGGCAUUCCAGAGGUACUUGACUUUCUAUGCGUCUCGAGGAGAUACAGAAUAUGUCUACGGGUACUGGCGUAAGUUUAUUAAAUCGUACCGAGGCGACCCUAAACGUCCUGUCCUUUCAGCCAACGACAUCUUUUCACAUCUUAUGCAGGCACAUGCCGUCCGAGGGGAAGUCGAGGAAACACAGCGCAUCUUCGACCAGAUUUCGAGCCAAUUCCACCUAGAGCAUGAUGCGCACCAUUGGAACAUCCUUCUUAAAGCUUAUGUCAAGGCAGGUGACUAUGACGGAGCGAUAUCUGUCUUUGAAAGUCUAGUUAGAGAGAACAAAUGGGACCGUUAUAGCUACGGGACGAUGAUGCAAAUGUCGGGCGCAAGAGGCGAUUUAGGGUUUACAAUCGAUCUAUAUCGUCAAUUAUUGGCUGCUGGUGGGCAAGCGGACGCGGCCAUUCUUGGUGCUAUCGUCGACGCGUACUGCCGGAAUGACCAUAUGCAGUCUGCUGAAGACGUCUGUAUUCGCGCCGCCAGCAAGGGAAUUGUUGACGCCCAGAUGUGGAAUAAGCUCCUUUACUACUACGCGGUUCGGCGAGAUCUUGCCAAUAUCAACAAAGUUCUAGCUCUUAUGGCCGACAAGAACAUCACUUACAACCAGUAUACUUACCGGCAGCUGCUAAUAGGUCUCUCCAUAUGCCGACAAUCCGUCAAUGCUUUGAACGUCCUGACAACGGCCUUAAGGGAUAAUAUUUUCCCGGUUACAGCGGAACACUUCCAUAUUGUUAUGAGCUCCUUGCUUGUCACAGGAGAGCCCGGUGCCGUCUUGCGACUCGACAAGAUGAUGCAAGACUAUGGGUUUCCCAGUUCAGCCCAGAGUCUGUUCCUGUUAACACAAACGCUUGGGCAGUUUCGAAGUCUACCACCUUUUCAACGAGCACGUUUAACCCCGACGGAGUGGCUUGGCGAAGCAUUCCGUUCCUUUUACAGCAUAUACGGCCUGAGGCGAAAGAGAUUAUACUUGAUGCAACCUGGACGUCGGCACAGCCAGGCGGGCGAGCUGCUGCAGGAAAAUACCGAGAAGUCUCACUUUAGUACUAUGGUCUCCAUGCUAACGGAGCUCAAAGACUACGCUGGGGCUCGGGAGAUUGUCGACCUCUACCGUUACAUUUUCAAAGGCGAGGAAGACCCGGACGGAAUUUUACCCGUGGCAAUGCUCAAUUCUCUCAUGCAAGCGAACUUUCGGGAAGGGAAACUCGGUAGUGUUAUAAAUACGUGGGAGCUAUUCUUCGAAACCGCAAAGAAGGAAGCACGGUCGGCCGAUUACGUCGAAGAGCUACCUCACACGCCCAAAGUAUCGGCCAAAUAUCAAUAUGUGCUAUCGACUGGUCUCGUGAUCAUGCAAAAGCUAUACCUCGACAGGGGAGAUGCAGCCAGCAUCCAAAAGCUAGUCCGGGAGGUUCGCGAGGCAGGGUUCGAGCUAGACAGUAAAAACUGGAAUUUUAACAUACAAGCACUCGUUCAGUUGAAAGAGUACAAAAAAGCAUUUGCGACCUGCGAAGAGAUGCUGAUGCCAAACUGGACCGGAUGGUUUGUGGUACGUACUAGAGAGAGUGUGAAGAACAAGCUGCCUCUGGACCUUCGACGAAAAGGCACGAGCCCGCGGCAUCUCCGACCUACGGCUACAACGUUGUAUCACCUUACACGAGGCUAUAUGGAAUUAGACAGGCUCAGCGUCUGGUCUAGCGACUAUGCUGCAGCACUCCGGGGGAUAGAGCAGGAGUGCGUACAAGUGGUUCGAGCUAUCAAGUCGAUGAUUCGGUUACGUUCGCGCCACGAGAUAGAGAUCAUAGGCGAAGAGGACUACGCCGACCUCGAUUCCAUCAACCCGAGGGACGACGGAUUUGCCCCUCCGAAGAUAGAAAUGGGGAAGGAGGACGAGGAUGAUGAUGGGGAUGAAGGCGACGAGUUACGAACUCCCUAACCUACCUAACCUAGCCUAGAAUGUUAGGUUAGGUACCUUAGGUACCUACACAUAUAAAGA